GCAGCAGGGGCAGGACUGUCGGCUGGGCAGGAGUGAAGGUCGACCGUUCUCUGGUGUGACUGCAUGUGUGGACUUCUGUGCUCAUGCCCACAGAGACACACAAAACAUGACCAAUGGAAGCACUGUGGUAUGCACUUUAACCAAGGAGGAUAACCGUGCAGUGCGGAACAUUCCAGAGGAUGAGCAGCUGCACGUCCUGCCGCUCUACAAGAUCUCUGACACGGAUGAGUUUGGCCAUGCUGAGGGCCAGUGGGCCAAGAUAAAGUCUGGGGCAAUGCAGGUCCUCUCUUCUUUCCCAAGAGAAGUGAGGAUGCUGGCAGAGCCCGUCAAAUCAGCACACAAGAGGAGGAUGGAGGCUAAAAGAGCCAAACUAAGCGGCCUCGACAGUAAGCAGGGCACCCCUAUAAAAGUGAAGAACGAGCCUCUUAAAGGUAUACCUGGUUCAGCCUUCCUUCCUUAAGAGGCAUGCCAUCUUCUUGAUGCAUAUAAGUUGGUUUAAGGCAGGAUUUUUCCAGCUCUCCAUGGAGCCUCACCAGCACUGCAUUCAAAAUGUGUAGUGCUGGGGAGGUUUGAAAACCCCUGGUUUAAGAGGCAUUUACAAGACACCAUUUUCAACAAAAAACGUAUGCGUUUUGG